ACAUACUCAAGUCGCAGGCCCACUUCCCAGCCUUUUAGGUUCAAAUCAAAUCCGACUCGCUCCUUGAAACUGCACUAGUACUUUUCCAUCAUCAAGUCCUCGCUUCCUUGGUCCAUUUCCUUCAGCCAUGAGCAGCGGUUCCCCGACCGCAUAUCUUGUAUGGUCCAUACUAUCAUGCUUGUUCUUCUGCUUCCUCAUAUUUCAUCUUUGGAAAUACGACAGAUUCCAAUGUCUCAAGUGGAGCGAGUCUGGGAGACAGCCUGGCGCAUUCAAGCGGUUUAUGUCGUACACCUACAUAGCAACCUUGACUCUUCUCGUGAUCUUCAGCGUGGCAUACACAUACAUAAAGUUCAAAGAAGGCUAUAUUAUCACCCCAGAUGGGACUAUCUAUCCAAAACCUAUCGAGUUCUACACACCAACUCACAGAAAGUGGAUAUUGCCUCUUCUGUUUUUGUUCAGCGCAGCAUGGGCUUGUGAGCUAUUUCAUGUUCAUUGCUCCUUAGAAUUAACAUUCUGGCUCUUCCUCCUCCAUCAAGGCCCUAAGAUGCGUCUUUGGUUUGAUAGCUGGGAGUUCCGGGUUUGGCUACUUGGCACAGUUGUAGCGGGUCUAGGCAUGCCCUUGACUACUCUUAUUGCCCGUCGACAGCUUGAUACGUGUCAGGCUUGGAUAUUUCUAGUCGGGUCUUCCGCAUCGACGGCAACUACCCUUUUGUUCUUGUAUGUUCUUGCACGGUUUCCAGAGUUCAUUUGUCGAGUGAAAGCGGAUGGAGGGGAGCCGAACAUUGUCUUACGCCUCGUCAUGUUUUACCAGUUGAAUUUCGGACGAGUCUUGUUCAGGUUCUUGUUUACUAUUCCGCUCUUCGUUUUGGCAGUGGACGGGGUGCAAGGAAGUCACCCGAUCAACCAGGAUCCUUUUUGGUCAGAUUUCUUGAUAGUGUUGGGUGGGAUCGGCUGCUUUGUCUCUUCGUUCAUGACCCUUUUGAUAUUCUUCCCCCGGUCACUCACCCAAGAGCUGGGUUAU